AGUGAGAACAGCUGUCGUUUAUUUGAGUUUUCUAGGACGAAGAUUCUAAACAUUUUCGAAGUGAGGAAUGAAUAGUUCUAGAAGCGUAGCUCGUUCUAAAACAAAAAAGUCCAAACCUAAGUCAGAUGUCAAGUUAGUGCUCACUACAAAUCAGAAACGAGAUUUGCUAGAGGCUUUCAAACUUCUAGAUAAUGAAGGAUCAGGUCUUAUUAAAGCGCGUGAAAUAAAAGUUGCUUUGAGGGCUUUGGGUUUUGAUCCAACAGCUGCUGACAUCAGACAGAUUAUUUCAGAGCAUGAUCCCGAAAAUAAAGGUUUUAUUGACUUCAAGGGUUUUCUUGAUAUUAUGACGUCCAAAAUGGUCGAAAAAAGUGACAAGGCAGAUCUCAUAAAAGCCUUUAGGAUCUGUGAUGACGACGAUUCCGGUAAACUAACACUUUCGAAACUUAAACGCGCUGCCCAAAUACUUGGAGAAGACAUAACCGAUGAAGAAAUACAAGAAAUGAUUGACGAAGCGGAUAAAAACGGUGAUGGAGAGGUCAGUGAAGAGGAAUUUCUGUGGAUUAUGCGUAAAACAAAUAUUUUUUAAAGUGAAAUCAAAGAUCAAAAUUUUUCCAUUUCUUAAAGAAAGAUAUUUUUUGACAUUUGCUACAUAUUAGUAAUUGUAUUAUUCACUUCUGUGUAAUUAUGACGAUUCACUUUUUAAUAACUUGAUCUUUGUUAAAAAAAUCACCUUUGUAUUUUAGACAUAAGAUAUAAGUAAUUCGAAAUCAGUAUUUCAGUAACUCUAUGACUAUUAUCAAUCGAUAUUGCAAAGUAAUCACUUUCUUGAGCCUAUUAAACAAAUACACACAAGUGAAUACUUAAUUAUAAAUCAAUAACUCAAUAUAUCCAUCGCUCAGACGUAUGUUAUGCUCGAAGUUUUAGCUCUUACUACCUAAAAAAUCCAUCGGUCAGUACCAAACAAAAAAUUAAACUGUUAAACGGAUUUCUGCUUUUUAUUUUAAUAAAAUUCAUUAUUUUUAUUUAUGUUUAUAAUGACAGUAUUAACUUUUGUUGUAUUUUCAACAGUAUAUUUGUUCAUCAAGUUGAACAGUUUAACAUAGAUGAUUGAUGCUUUCUGUCCGAU